AUGUCAGAUCCAAGUUCCAUUAACGGUGGUAUUGUUGUUGCAAUGACAGGUAAGGACUGUGUAGCGAUUGGCUGCGAUUUAAGGUUAGGUUCGCAAUCACUUGGUGUUGCCAACAACUUCGAGAAGAUCUUCCAUUAUGGACAUGUAUUUUUGGGACUAACAGGGUUAGCAACAGAUGUGCUGACGCUUUCGGAGACAUUUCGUUACAAAACCAAUCUAUACAAAUUGAGGGAGGAUAGACCAAUUGAACCAGAAACAUUUACACAACUAGUAUCAAGUUCCUUAUACGAGAAGCGGUUUGGACCAUACUUUGUAGGACCUGUGGUAGCUGGUAUUAACUCUAAGUCUGGUAAGCCUUUCAUCGCUGGGUUUGAUUUGAUUGGGUGUAUCGAUGAGGCGAAGGACUUCAUUGUGAGUGGUACUGCUUCAGAGCAACUCUUCGGUAUGUGUGAAUCGUUAUACGAGCCAAACCUCGAAGCAGAUGACUUAUUUGAGACGAUUUCUCAGGCGUUACUAAAUGCUGCUGACCGUGAUGCGCUCUCUGGUUGGGGUGCCGUGGUUUACAUCAUAAAAAAAGACAAGGUUGUGAAGAAGUACUUGAAAACAAGGCAGGAUUAG